UAUCAUCGCCUUUAUGAUCACUCGAUCCGGCAUGAACCACCGUCUUCUUUUAACCGUCAUCUAUAUAAUCUUCUACACACACACACACACACACACAUAGUUAUAAACUCUCAAUCGAUAAAUUGAAAACAAAAGAAUGGUGAAAACAAAAAUUAAAAAAUCGAAGCCUAAUAAGCAGCCCAAUCAGACGAAAAAUAAAGGAAAGCAAUCUGAUAUAUCCGAGUUUGUAGCUCAGCUCGACGCGCUAGGUUUAAAAAUUAUUAAAGUAACCGCGGACGGAAACUGCUUUUUCAGAACGUUGGCGGAUCAGUUGGAUGGUGACGAGGAUAAGCAUGAGAAUUACCGGAAGAUGGUGGUGCAAUAUAUUGUGAAAAAUCGAGGAUGCUUUGAGCCUUUUAUUGAAGAUGAAGUGCCAUUUGAUGAAUACUGUCAGUCCAUGGAAAAGGAUGGCACAUGGGCUGGAAAUAUGGAGUUACAGGCUGCUUCGUUAGUGACUCGCUGUAAUAUAUGUAUACACAGAAAGUCUUCACCUCGUUGGUAUAUAAAGAAUUUUAGUGACCAUGAUGCGCAAAUGAUCCAUUUGUCUUAUCAUGAUUUUGAGCAUUACAAUAGUGUGCGGUUAAAGGAAGACACCUGCAAUGGACCAGCUAGACCAAUCGUAAUCAAGGCCGAUGCUGAUCUUUCAGUGAAGGCCCAUCAAGCAAAUGGUGCCGUUUCCAAGUCCAAAGGCAAGUCUGCAAAGACUGUUACCCAGGCAGAAUCAGUUACAACUGUCAAAGUUGGAAGUGGAUGCGAAAACGAGGAAAAAGUUAAAUGGGUGUUAUCCCAAGUGAAAGGAGAUGUUAAUGCUGCAAUAGAGUUUAUUAUAGCGGAGCAAGGAACUGAAGAUUCCUCUGUUGAAGACGAUAGACUUACAUAUGCAGUGGACACUUCUCAUGAAUGUUUUAGCAACUUCCAUGAUGAGCAAAGUGAGCAGUGUGAUGAGAAGCUUGACAACAAAUAUAUUAAGGAGAAACAGACUCCCAGUAACUCUGAAAAAGAAAAUGAUAAUACCAAUUCCUGGCAUGAUGAAAAGAAAAUACCCAGAAACAAGCCUUGUCCAUGUGGUUCAAAGAAGAAAUACAAGUCUUGCUGUGGCACAGCGGCAGGAAGAUCAUCUUCAGUUGCAGUAAAUCAUACUGCUAACAAUGGAAUGGGUAGAAAAGAUAAGAAGCGAGGAAAGAAAGCCGGGUCAACAAAUUUGUCCGUAAUGCAUGGUUCCGAUGAAGCUUCUCCUGACAUGGGUGCCCUUUGUAUAUGAACAUCUUCCCCGGCUAUCAGUGAGCUCCACUACCUAUAGUACAUAAUCUUUUACAUGUGGUUAUGAUGAUUUUCUUCUUUCUUAAACUUUCAGUUAUCACCUAUAUCCAGAACUAAGCUAUUUGGUGCUUCCUUGAAACUUAAAUCCAGAUUGUACUAUAUAAACUAACCAAUUUAAGUCUCAUCUGAAAUGUAUAAAAUAUAGUUCUUAAAUCCAGAGCUAAUUAUUUCUUUUUGUAUUA